GGCGGGAAGCGGCGCUGUCUCCCCCCGUCCUCUCCGUCCCCCCCGCUCGCAGGUGUCUCUUUCACCGGUGGCACCAUGGGGACAGGCUGUGCCGCUGCUCCCGGGACCGGUCCUGCCAGCUCCGGGCACCCACGCCAGCCGUCCCCGCUAUCGCGCUGCUAGGAGGGAGCAGUCCCGAGCCCGGGCAUGUGCUGCUGGAAUAUGCCAUGUCCCUCCCCGGCCGGCGGGCAGCCCCAGCCCCGUGAGGACACAGCCAGCCCCGAGCCGGACACCGGGACACCGGGGUGCCCAGCGCCGCCAUGGCCCAGGGCUGGGAUGCGGAACUGUCGGGGAUGACGGCAGGCAGCCGGUCAUGGAGCUCCAGUAGCGAGGCCAGCCUGGCGCCCCGCUACCUCCUCAGCAAGCAGAGCCGCCUGCUCAACGGGACCACCCGGGGCAGCCGCACCGCCUCCCCCAUGGGCCGUGUCAUCCUCAUCAACACCCCCAUUGAAGCCAGCAGCAACGAGAGUGACAUCAUCAACGCCAUCACGGUGGAAAAGAGUGUGGAUGGCAAGCUUGGCUUCAGUGUCCGGGGUGGCUCCGAGCACGGGCUGGGCAUCUUUGUCAGCAAAGUGGAGGAGGGCAGCGCUGCUGAGCAGGCUGGGCUGUGUGUUGGUGACAAGAUCACAGAGGUGAACAGUGUGAGCCUGGAGAACAUCACCAUGAGCAGCGCCGUCAAGGUCCUUACUGGCAACAACCGCCUCCGUAUGGUGGUCCGGCGGAUGGGCCGUGUGCCGGGCAUCAAGUUCUCCAAGGAGAAGACGGCGUGGGUGGACGUGGUGAACAGGCGCCUGGUGGUGGAGAAAAGUGGCUCAACUCCAUCGGAGAGUGGCUCUGAGGAUGGGCUGCGGCGCAUCGUCCACCUCUACACCACCUCUGAUGACUACUGCCUGGGCUUCAACAUCCGCGGUGGCAGGGAGUUUGGCCUCGGCAUCUACGUCUCCAAGGUGGACCCUGGGGGGCUUGCAGAGCAGAAUGGCAUUCGGGUGGGAGACCAAGUCCUUGCAGCCAAUGGAGUCAAGUUUGAAGACAUAAGCCAUAGCAAGGCAGUGGAGGUGCUCAAGGGGCAGACCCACAUCAUGCUAACCAUCAAGGAGACAGGCCGGUUCCCUGCCUACAAGGAGUUGGUGGCCGAGUACUGCUGGCUCAGUCGCUUGACCAACGGGCAGCUGCAGCAGCUCUCUCAGACCUCAGAGACCAGCUCCUCCAUCUCUUCCUACUCCUCGGGGCCAGUGCCAGGGGUGGUGAACGGGAUGGGGACAGCCACCCCAGGGCCCCCUGCCCGCACCGUGGACGUGGCCAUCUCCACGGAGGACGGCCCGCGGCGGAGCUGGGUGCGGGACCGUGCUGAGCGGGCCAUGCAGACCGAGCCAGCCGCCGAGGUGCUGCCAGAGAUGCGGCGCACGGUGCGGCCCCCCGAGCUGCUGCGGGACACAGCCAUCCGGGGCCAGGGUGCCCGCGAGCCCCCCGGUACCCAUCCACGACGGACCUUUGCCCACUCGCCCAAGACAGCCCUGCUGCUGGCACUGAGCCGGCCCCGGCAGCCCAUCACACGCUCACAGAGUGAUCUCACUGUUGCUGAGGAGAAGCGGAAAAAGGAGAAGCCAGAGGGACAAGGGGCCCGGGCAGGGGCCCCAGGGCUGCAUCGCUCCAAAACCCUCGUCAACCUCUUCUUCAAGGGGGGCCGUGCCACCAGCCAGAGCUGGGCCCCUCCCAGCCAGGAGCAGCCCGCUUCCGAACGCAGGGCACGCGCCAAGUCCCCAGGGCGCUCCGACGGGGACAGAGUAGGCGCUGUGCAGAAGUUUGUCAUCCGGAGCCUGAAGCGGGAGAAAAGCCGGCGUGCCAGCAUCCUAGGCCCCACAGGCAUUGCUGCCCUGCAGCCCAAUGGCAGCGACCCCGAGGCACGACUCACACACAUCCAGGACACUGCUGCACGCCUCCUGAGCCCUGACGAGGUGACGGCCGUGCUUCGCCACUGCUCCAGGUACCUGCAUGAGGGCAGCGUGGAGGAUUUGGUGCGGCCACUGCUGGCUAUCCUGGAUCGGCCUGAGAAGGUCCUGCUGCUGCGGGAUGUGAGGAGUGUGGUGGCUCCCACAGACCUGGGCCGGUUUGACAGCAUGGUGAUGCCCCUGGAGCUGGAAGCCUUUGAUGCCCUGAAGAGCCGCUCAGUGCGCUCACCUGCCCUGCGCCCAGCUCACCACGAUGUCCCUCCCAGGAGACACCUCAUUACACCAGUGCCUGACUAUCGCGGCGGGUUCCUGCUGAAGCCAGUGGGGGCCCCAGAUCUGGAGGGAGCCGAGGGGCUACAGGCGAGCCCGGGCCGGCCACGGGCCUCUGCCAGCCCCCGUCGGCUUCACCCAUGCACCUACACCCCGCUCCCCGACGUGCCAGUGGAUGCCUACGCCAGCACCAGCCGGCCCCUGGCCCCCACUGCCCCCAGGCCUCCCAACUGGCUGCUGGCUGAGGCCCCCCUGGGCGAGGGACAUGGGCACUCACGCAGCUCCCGGCACAAGGAGGCCUCCGGCAUGGUGCCCGAUGGGGGGCUCGAGCUGCUGGGGAAGGCUCGGAGAGCACGCCCCCCCCUUGCACCUCUCUUUGGAGGGCCAGGGGGUGAGGCAGAAGCUGGGGUGGCCACCAAUGGCCCUAGGGAUGCUGGCAGAGAGGAAGAGGAGGAAGAGGAGGAGUAUCAGCUGCUUACAGUCACCCUCUCCAAGCUGAAGCACUCGCUGGGGAUCAGCAUCUCUGGAGGCAUCGAGUCACGGGCACAGCCGGUAGUGAAGAUUGAGAAGAUCUUCCCUGGGGGAGCUGCCUUCCUCAGCGGCAUCCUCAAGGCCGGUCAGGAGCUGGUGUCAGUGGAUGGACAGAGCCUGCAGAACGUCACCCACCAGCGGGCUGUGGACAUCAUCCGCCAGGCCUACCGCAACAAGGCCAAGGAGCCCAUGGAGCUAGUGGUGCGGGUGCCUGGAGGUGCCCGAGAGUGAUGCUGUACAUAUCCCCCUCUUCAAGAAACCAUCCUGUGCUC